AUAAUACAUUCCUAAAUAUAUGGACAUAACUGGAAAGCCUGUUGGGGGUGAUACGAACUAUAGCCGUACUUUGAACCUGCGAGGCAAAACUCGGGAAGCCCAAUACUCAUUACUAGAAGCAUUCUCUGCAAGGCAGCUUGGGAAAACAGGUUGUUGUAAACAUGGCGGCCGCAGUGGGUAGACUUCUGUCCUUCAGUAAAAAUGUUAAGGUGCUUGUUUCACCUCUGAAGCUGUCUGCUGUACCUGCUCACCGUUACAGCCUCGAGGUUUCCAGCACCGGCGAGCCCAUCACUCACACCGGCCAGGUGUAUGAUGAAAAUGAUCCCAGGAGAGCCAGAUUCGUUGGCAGGCAGAAAGAGGUGAAUCAGAACUUUGCCAUCAAAUUGGUGGCAGAGGAGCCGGUGAGUGAGGUUGAGGCCAGAGUGGUGUCCUGUGAUGGAGGUGGAGGAGCCCUGGGCCACCCCAAAGUCUUCAUCAACCUGGAUAAAGACACAAAAGUGGGCACAUGUGGCUACUGUGGAUUACAGUUCAAGCAGAAGCAUCAUCACUGAAACAUUUCCUCCGUCUUUGCUUCUCUGUAUAAUUUGCCAUAUUGGUUAAUAAAUUAUAUCUUGUCUGUC